AAUGCGUGGAUGAGAGUACAGGAGAGACGGGUAUAAGAGGCCAGAGCGUGCCCGUAUCUCAAACUGAGCUUCUUAUCCUCACUCGUCUCAUUCCCAACUCCAAGUCAAACAACCUCCUGCUCCCAUCACCGUUCACACAAACCUGCCCCCCAACCCGCCAACAUGAAGACUGCCGCUGCCACCCCUAUCCUCAACUUGGGCAAGGGCAAUGACAACAAGGGCGGGCUUCUCGGCGGGCUCCUGGACUUGAACCUUGACCUUGACCUUGGCUCAGGCUCCAACCUCGACCUCGAGGAGGGUGGCAAGAAGGGUGGUCUUGACCUUGACUUGGACCUGGACGUCGAUCUCGACCUCGACCUUGACCUGGGCCUCUGCGGCAAGAAGACCAAGUACUUCACCUCUGCCUACAAGGUGCUCGCCACCCCCGACCAGGUCGUCAACUCGAUGAACGAGAAGACAGGCGGCCUCAAGGGCGCCAAGGGCCUGUACACGUUUGGCAUCAACUCGGACGAGGAUGUCAUCUGCUACAAGAUCAUCCUGACGGGCUUUGAGGGCGAGUACCAGUCGCCCGCCAACACGGCCACCCACAUCCAUCAGGCGGACAAGGGCAUGUCCGGUCCUCCCCGGAUUGCCUUCCCCAACCCCCAGGGUGACAAGAUCCGCGUGUCCAAGGGCUGCCUUCAGGGACCCUUUACGACGGGUGUCAUUGCCAAUGGCCAGGAUACUGGCGUCGGCUUCACCCUCAAGCAGAUCGAGGCGGACCCGACAAACUUCAACGCUGACGUGCACUCGUCCCUGGCCGUGCCAGGUGCUGUCCGCGGCCAGCUCAAGCACUAAGCAUGACUCCGCAAGGGGAUUGAAGUCUGGGAGAGGACGGUUGUAUAUGUAUAUAUGAGAAAGGGCCUUACGACCUCAUCUGGGUUACAAGCUAC